UGUUCAGCCCAAUUCCUCCCCAACUACAGAAACCCUGAACUAGGCUCAUAUAUAUACAAAAAUAAUACCACCCAAAAUGAUGCUUUGAGUCUUCUUCUUCAUUGUUAGGGUUUAUCAACACCAGAUCUUCCUGCCGCCUGCAACAAUGGUGAAUGUACCUAAGGUGAAGAAGACUUACUGCAAGAACAAGGAGUGCGGGAAGCACACCCAGCACAAGGUGACCCAGUACAAGAAGGGUAAGGAUAGUUUGGCUGCCCAGGGAAAGAGACGUUAUGACCGUAAACAAUCUGGAUAUGGUGGUCAGACCAAGCCAGUCUUUCACAAGAAGGCCAAGACAACUAAGAAGAUUGUGUUGAGGCUACAGUGCCAGUCAUGCAAGCAUGUCUCUCAGCACCCCAUCAAGCGUUGCAAGCACUUUGAGAUCGGUGGAGAUAAGAAGGGAAAGGGAACUUCACUCUUUUAGAUGUGUUAUUAUUGUGUUUCAGAUUAUUUAGUGAAUGGUGAAACUUGUUAUACCCAUCUUCAAAGAAUCACUAGAGUAUUUUUGACGCCUAUCAUUUUAGUGUUCUUUGACAGGAAUAUAUACUUGCUGAGUUGCUUUUACAUUGUUACCCGACUGACUAGUCUAUUUAUCUACGAGUACUUAGUAUGGUUAUUUUUAUGGGUGUUAUUGUAGACUAUAACAACCUCUCUGUA